AUGUUCGGCAAAGUAGGUUUUGUGCUCGCUGCGCUCAUUGCAACCUCAUUGGGUAAAGUUACCGAGUCGGUUAAUAAUGCAGAGCCGGUUAAUAUAGAGCCGGUUAAUACAGAGCCGGUUAAUACAGAGCCGGUUAAUACAGAGCCGGUUAAUAAUAUACAAUGGGUCCCCCCGUCAACCGAACAGUUUCCUCAGAACCAUAAAAUUGUGCUGAUGCUAAAUUGCUCCAGCUUGACUGGGAACAAGAUUGAGUUAAUUGACACCGAGUUUAGGGCCAUAGAACGCCCGUGUAGGUUAAGAGCUCCAGAAGUUUUGCUGAAAAACAAUUUAUUUUGGAGUUCCGAAAGUAAUUUCGAAAUUCUUGCCGAUAAUGUCACAAUAGAGCACAAUGGAUUCUUCGGAUCCGAGCAAGACCAUCGUAUAAGUGCGUAUGAAGUUAAGAUGAUUGAUAAUGUAUAUAUCGGCCAACAUCAAAUUCAUGAAAUUUAUGGACCUAACAUUAUGAAAUCUCGGAACGUAUAUGACGGUAAUUUCCAAGUCCACCAUAUUACGGGAAGGAACAUCAUGGAGAACAAAGAAAUAAUUAGAGGAAUGUAUUGGAGUCAUAGGAAGUCGCCAAUGAUUCAGAUUGUUCCCGGUAAGGGAUCAGGAGCCAUAAAGAAGUUUGUCACGUUACCAAUGAACGUAAUUGAAACAGGAAACAAUUUUGGAGGUAUUCACCGCAAUAAGUUGCCAUCUGGAAGCGGCCUCAGACACUUGCUGAACGGAUUGAAGAACCGACGUAACCCUAAUGCACCUAUUGUUCGACAGAUUGUGGAUUUGUAUGAUGCACCACUUUCACGCUGA